AUGGAAUGGUUAAGAUUAAAAAGGAUCAAUAAAUUGAAUAGAUUUAUAAGAUAUCUAAAUCUUGAUAGGAUAUAUAAAAAUCUUAAAGAAAUUUGUGAAGGUUUUGAAGCUGAGAUUAAUUGUAAUAAAGCAUGGAAUAAAAUCCCUUAUAAUUAUCUUGGUGUUAAUGUUUAUGAGUGUGAAGACAAUGAAUCCAAGCAAUUAUUUAUGGACUGGGAUGAGAAAUUUAGAAUACUUAUAUUGAUUAAUAAUGAUUCAAAUCAAUUACAAAAUAGAAAGAUUUGA